AUGAAACAUACCACCAUCGCCAUGUUCCGCUUCUCCGCCUUCUUCCGAUCUCAUGCUGUUCGCUACUCCUCAUUGUCGCCCAUUCAUGAAACCUCCGCCGACCGGAAACCUCUUUUGAUGGUCGAUUAUCUAGUCGAUUCCCUCCACUUCUCCAAACAAGACGCCGUCGCCGUCUCCGUCUCCUCCAAAGGUAAAGUAACCAAUCUCAGAUCCCCAAUUAAUUCCGAUUCAGUUCUUAAUCUCUUAAAAAGUUACGGAUUAGACCUUUCCCAGAUCAGACAAAUCAUCUCUUCUGCUCCCAAAAUCCUUACAUGCAAAGCCAGCAAAACCCUAGAACCUAAACUCAAGGUUUUUCAGGAACUCGGGUUAUCCGGUUCGGAUCUCGUUAGUCUCAUUAAGAAGAACCCUGAGAUUUUCGGGUAUGGUCUACAUACCCGAAUCAUGCCUGGUCUCGAUCUCCUUAAAAAGUUAUUGGGUAGUGAUGAAAAAGUGAUUGAAGUUAUCAACAAAUCAAGAUGGUUGUAUGUAACAACUUCUUCUAUGAAACGACUAUCAACAAACAUCUCGCUGUUGCGGACAUUUGGUUUAUCAAACGAGAGAAUCAUGAAGUUCAUGUUAAGCAACCCUGAAAAGCUCAUGGCUGAUCCAAAACUGCUCCAAAGUAGGCUGAGUUAUGUAGAAGAGAAAUUGGGGAUUUCGCGUGAGUUACCUUGUUUUAUUCAUGCUGCAAGUGUAGUGUUAUGGUCUAGUGAUUCAGAAGUUGAGAAAAAGAUGAAAAUCUUUAAGAGUUUUGGUUGGUCUGAUUCGGAGAUUUCUUUGUUGUUUAGGAAUCAACCUUAUGUUUUGAACAAAUCCGAAGGUAACAUUCGUGAAAAGCUGGAUUUUUUCAUGAAGGAACUUGGGUAUACACCUGCAUACUUGUUGAGUUGCAACACUUUCUUCACGUUAAGUUUGAAUAAAAGGGUUAUACCAAGGAACACGAUGUUGAAAAUCUUGAAAGAGAAGAAGUUAGUGAAGGAUAAGUUAUCUCUUAUUACAAUUGCAACUUACUCUGAGGUAAAGCGACUUGAAGAACAUUCAUGUAAUUGA